UGUGUCCGGCUCGCGGGAGCCUGCGGGGCUGUUCUACACAUUUACUCCGAUCUCUGCCAGAGAUGUUCGGCCAUGCGGAAGGGCAGCACGACAUCAGUCAUGCCACCUUUCGAUAUUGCUAAGAGGUGCUGUUCUCUUUACGUAGAUGCCCCCAGAAAGUGUUGGAGAGACUGUGGUUCUGAUUCAAGCAUAGCCUACUCGCACAUUCACUCGUGAAUCCACUUGGAAAGAUCCAUUCACAGACAGCAAUUCGAAGUUUAAGCCUAACUGUCUACUGUUGAGCUGUUAAGGAGUAUGUUUCCAGAUCGCACUGCAUUAGGAUUCGCUGUCUACAUUGCAUCUCGUCGUCCUUCUAGAAGUGCUGGGCAGAAUUUACGGUGAUCCUGUACAAAUGCGAUACACACUACGACCCUCAGGAAAAAAUCGGACCGAGGUGAAAUGAGGUAGGCUAUCUUACGUCUACCUUGAGGGGGGGAAAAAAAGAUCGAAAAAUGACCUGCUUUUAGAUGUCUCGUUCUGACAGGGUUUGCGAGAGCAUCAUCUGAUGUUCCUCGCACUCUUGCCUGUAGUUCCAUCGGAGUCGUCUAAUUUACAAGCAGUUUAUGCACUUCCACUGACGUCAAUGGAGCAGUCUUGGAUGCAUAUAAACAUUCGUCAAGAAGCGUUCCAUUCCAAUCUCAUCCAAGCAGGACUUUUCGGACCAAGGUCUUGAGUACCACUUUUCUAACCUGUAUAAAACUUUCCAAGCUUCAGAAGAACAGGACCCCACGAUUUGCGCCUAUCCAUUAUGAAGCCCGUUCCGCUGGUCCUGCUGAUAGCCACAGUACUUCUGACUUCUCACAUCCCCCCGAGCGCCUGUCGACCAAGGGACCUCAGCAGAUUCGAUGGGCACGGUUACAAAACCCAAAUGGACGAGGUCUUGUUGAAAGCGGGCGACAACGCCGUUUCAUACCUCAUAGGAGAAAAGAUUCUUAGGUAUUUGCAAAGAAAUCCAAGAUUCCAGAAGGGUCUCCUGCAGUUUCCUUUAGACAACCUCCAGGUUAUGACGCCACUCACUACAAAGGAGCUCGGUCACCUGGCGCGCAGUUUGCCGCUCACAGAAGAGGAGCGGUCGCUGGACGAAGGCAACAGUCUGGAAGACUUCGCGGAGCUUUCCAAGAGGAACGAUGACCCGCCAAUCUCCAUUGAUCUCACUUUCCACCUGCUGAGAAAUAUGAUAGAAAUGGCGAGGAUCGAAAGUCAGAAAGAACAAGCGGAACUAAACCGCAAGUAUCUAGAUGAAGUUGGCAAAUGAUCUUUACCAUUGACACGACAGAAAAACAACAGGUUUUCAAAAACAAACGAAUACCCUUGGCACUCCUUGAUCCAUGAAAUAGUUUUACCUUUCCUCUUAUUCAAACUCUUGCUAACUACCAUUCCACAAAAAAGGUAUUUCACUCAAAAGGAAGUAACACUGUUUGUCGAAGGCUCCAGUGAACGUGAAAAUGGUUCGACGUACACCGCCCAAGACUCCCUCUUCUUUUGCUCAUGGUGGACACGUGCAACGAGGAAACAAGUCUCAAAGAAACAUUUACGAACCUUGAACAUAAAGAAAGGGACUUCAGUAUUUUGCUCCACCUCAAUUAAUCCAAGAGUGUGAUUUCCAAUAGGUCUAUAUUUGGAAUUCGAAUAUCUGUGGCUGACCAGUAUACCUUAAUUAGCCCAUUUAUAAACAAGUGAUGUUGAAUCAAUCGUUUGAAUGGCGUGCAAAAUAAUUUCCUAAUGAAACAUAGGCAUCUUAUUAAAACAAAAUAUUUAUAUUGUUGGCGCCAUUCAUUUUAGAGGCUCUUCAGUUGGUGAUUUAGGCUACUAAUAACGCCACGGUGAUAAUGGUUUAAUUUGCUUCACCUCUUGUACAGUCUGCCUUAUGGACAUCAUCGCAUCAUCGUUCUUUCAAGCAUAGUCCAUGUUGUGAACAUAGACAUUUUUCUUGCCAGUAUAUUUUACUUACAUCUGCAUUUGUACAGGGUUUCUUCCAGUGUUAAAGUAUUUGGAAGUUGAGGUAACUGUCUAAUUUGUCGAUUUUGUCAAUACAUUAGCUACUUCUGUUUCGGCGAAAUGAUUUGAAAAAUAGAAAUCUGACAACUUGUCUGGGCAUCUAUUUUCUCACAGCAUGUGACUUUAAAAAUAAUUAUCCCCCGUUGUAGGCUAUAUGUAGAACGAAUAAUGUUAAUCUGGUCUAAGAAAUGCUGUCUUGUCUGUGUUGCAUCAUUUCAAUAAUCACUUCGUGUUUUCCUUUCCCUGAACGUCCAAAACAAUAGCCAACUGAUAAGGGUAUCACUCUCUGAAAUAGCCAAGCUUUGUUAAUAACGAACAAGAGAAAAAAGAAAGAGAUUUGUAAGAUUCUACAGGAUUUCUUAGAAACUGAGAAAGCUUCAUUUCCCUCACACAAGCUACUGUAAUGAUCAACAAAGCAACACCUGCACAUUACCACUGGUCGCCUCCUAGAUCUUGGUACGUUUUUUCAGCCUAUCACAAUCUUCUCCCUGUGAAAUAGCUCUGUCGUUAGAGCGACCGACUGAUCUAGUAGUGCCUACAGUUAUCUGGUUGGACCAGACAGAAUAUUUUUCUCAAAGGAAUUUGUGUUUUCAGCGUCCCCUAAAAUAUUGUUCUCCCAUUCAAUCCAAUGAACUGUACAAAAGUCUUUACACGGCAUGCUUAUUAAAAAACAGAAGAACACCUUACGUGUAGCCUACUGCGGAAUCGUUAUACCGGUCAUAUGGUAUGGUUUAACUCUAAAACGCUCUUUUGCAGUUUAUAGUUUGUAAUAAAAAUAUCUGGAAAGUAUCGACUUUGUUAGAAUCUUAAGUUUGAGUACAGUAAUGAAUUAAGUAAUUAUGGCACAUCAAGGAAAACAAUGUGAUGUUUGUUUACGAUCGCGAAAUAAAUAGAAAUAAACAGCGAGAGACAGUUCUGUAGCUUAUGUGCAAUCAUCGAUAAAGUGCCUUUUGAAAACACUGAUUUGAAGUGCACAAUUUAUUGGCGCCUUCUCGCUGCGGUCCAGUCACGGCUGUCCUUUACUGUUCAAUCAACAGUAGGCUAUUCAUUCAUGAAUGAUGAGAGUACAGUAAUAGCAUUUGGCAGCACAGCUUAAUAUUCAACUCAGGGGAAUUAUUGAUUGGUAUAAUUAAGCAAGCUCCUUCAAACUGGCGGGUCAUCGUGAAAAGGCUUACAGUGUGGUAUAUCUCAAACAGUACAGGGUUUUUAGAUCUUUACUGAAAAUCAAGUAAAACUAGAAAGGUGACUAACUAGCAAAUAUGUUAUUAGAAAUAAGACCAAAACAAAAUAACGUAAUGGUAUGAAAAUUUAUUUCUAAAAAAUACAAAAUGACAAAAUGAAAGAAACUGAAAUUACAUAAUGGAUUGCCCAACAAUAAUUCAAAUUAGGCUGAUCAUUAGGUUCAUCAUUCAGUGUAUAGCUCAAACUCUCUCAGCAACCUGCUUAUUUUUCUCUCCCUUAUAUUAUAUGCAACUUCUGCUUGGAGGGCAAGUGUAUAAGCUUUCUUCAAUCAGGGUUAAGGGUAUGACUACUGGAGAGUACUGUGAUAUUUUCUUAUGCUAUCUGUAGAACUACUCGGAGGUUUUACUGUUCUGUACAGAUAUAAGCAAGCUCGGUCUUGGAGAGAAACCCCAUUAUAUUAGCCUAACCCCAUCACCUCUCAACAAACCUUUUACACAUUUUCACAUACGGUAUUUGAGAGCUCUUUGGUGUCACAGGCAAACUCAGACAUGCCCUGUACUCUGUCCUCACCAGCAACGCACACCUGCUUUUCAUCAACAUCAACCAAGAUACGAUUCAUCUCUGUGGAAAAACCAAUGUGUAAACUAACGCCUGUGAAUUGCAACGACAUUCAAAAUAACAAGCGGAGAAACAACAACAUAACACACCAAGUAACCUGAUUACCACACAGCAUGCGUCACUCAAGCCGAAACUAUAUUACAUUCAAUAUUUGUAAAUGAUGGGAUUACAUUUUUUUUCAUAAAGGAAAUAGAACAAGGGAGUUUUUUUGCAAGGUGGUCAAGCUGGGAUUUAGCCCACCCACUGUGUAUUUUUUUUUUUUGUAAGUCUCCCUGUGGUGCUGUCACACAUGCGAACAGAGUAUAAACAUAUGACAGGUAGAUGGUGAAAGCUGUGUAUCGAACAUCUGGUUGUGCUUAUGGGAUUAUGUCAAACCUCCUUUGCAAGUCCCUCUUCAUUCCUUCAGUGAAAAUGACCUACAAAAAAAAACAA